ACAGUAAAUUAGUCUGCUGAUUUAGAGAAACUCACAGACGAGCGUUUGUGUGUUUGUUGAUCCGAUCAUCACAGAUAAUUUUUUCAUCAAGCAUGAUGCUGCUGCUCUUCCCACUGCUCUUUUCUUCGGUACAGAUCUGGGCUUACCGUGUACCUGGUCAGAAAAAGUCUGACUCUUGCCAGUGCGAUGUGAACACCACAAUAUGGUCGUUCCCUGCUCUGAAGUAUGAGGCUGUGCAGCAGCAGGUUGAAACCUGUGAGAAGUCUCUGCACAGCCUGCAGGGGCAGGUGUUGGUCUCCAGUCAGCGUCUCCCUGGCAUUCAGGUUCAAAUUUCAAAUUUGACAGCGCGACUUGAGCCAUACCAGUACCUGCAUGACCGCGGACUGUACACAGCGCUGUCCGUCCGUCUGCUGGGCCAGGAGCUCAGCCAGCUGGAGACGGACAUCACCGUUGUGCACAGCCAGCUCAACAACGCCCAGUCACAGAAACUCCACAAAGAGGUAGGUAAAUUGCAUAAAGAUGUGCUAAAGAUGCAAACGUCAGACACAGUGAACAUGAAGACAGUCAAGGAGAAACUUCGCUACCUGAAGAACAACGUCGAAUCCUGCAAGUCGAUCCCAAAAGACUUCAGAGGCCAGAACAGGUACUGCAUGAAGGGCCUGAUCACCAACAUCAGUGACCCCAUUACAACCAAAAUCAAUCCCUAUGACAAGAACCACAUCUCUGGAUCAUGGGGCAAACAGGCGCAGAUGGACAGUGGGACGGACACAGAAACCUACUGGGUUCAGACCCUAACCAGUAGCAACAUCUAUGGAAACAUAGUCCGCCUUUACCAAACCUACAAAGACUUCAUGCGUUCUGCCAACCACAGGGACGCUACUUUCUCAUCCUCCGUCACAGCUCCCACCGCCAUUGAGGGUCCUAGUGCUGUGCUGUACGGUGACGGUCUGUAUUAUCACUGCUACCGCUCUGCAGAUAUUUGCCGCUACGACCUGCAGACCAAUGAGGUCAAGCGGGUGACCCUUCCUGGCACAGGUGUGGGCUUCAACAACAAAUUUCCAUAUUGUUACUAUGAAUGCCGCUCGAAUAGCGAUGUGGAUGUUGAGGCUGAUGAAACCGGGCUGUGGGCUCUAUAUGCAACUGUUGGCAACCAUGGUAAUCUGGUAGUGAGCAAGCUGUUUUGGGAUGACAACUCAAAGACGAUCAACGUGUCGCAAACCUGGGAGACGAGACUGUUCAAGAAGGCAGCGACUAACGCUUUCAUGGUAUGUGGUGUGAUGUACGCCACCCGCUAUGUAGAUGAAUACAGAGAGGAAGUAUUCUACGCCUUUGACACAGCAACAGGAAAAGAGGACAACUCUCUGGCACUGCCACUGGAGAAGGUAGCCAAAGGAGUGGCUAGUCUGAGCUACAACCCGGUCAACAGGCAGAUCUACAUGUACAAUGAUGGAUAUCUCCUAGCCUAUCAGGCCUACUUCUGAGUUUUGCCUUUGAACCUAUGAAGAAGAAGCAGAAUAUUCUCCUCAAAUCACAUCUAACACCUUUUUCUGUUGCUAUUUUAAGAAAAAAAUGAAGGAUGUAGUAAUAAAUGUCUUGUUUUAAUGCAAUUUUUCCUUUCUUUUAUAAGAUACUUAAAAACUUGCAAUAGACUUGUUUUAGGUGAAUAAAAAUUAAUCUUUUAUUGUGUCAAUAUAAUCUUAACGUCACACUUCCAGUUGUUCAAAUAUUUUGCCAUGAGUGCCAAAAUGAUCAACUUGAAAGUGAUUGGGGGCCACAUAAACAUGUUGUUUUGAAGUUUUUCAUACAAUUUUAAAAAUGAAUUUCUUUCCUGUUUAUUUUUAUCUGCUCACUAAUAAACAUGCAAUACUUCAGUGAAAUGAGUUAAAUAGUAAGAAUCUUGUAAAGUAAGGACUUCAUAGUCGAUCGAAAAACAUUUGAAAAAAUCUCGCCUGAUUGCACUAUUUUAAGACAGAUCGUCAGUUUUGACAUUUCAUGGGGAGUUGUUUUCUGUUAUGGGCUAGCAAAUGUUUUUACCCAAGCUCAGUAACAAGAAUGAAACAUAAUUCAUGUUGUACUAGCAUUUUUUUUUCUUGUUUUAAGACAUUUUUUAAACAUUAUAAAGAAGAAAAACAUGUCCAUCUGCAUCAGCCACCAUGUUUGCAGACCAUUUUUGAAUGCAAUGUUUUAAUAUGUUCUUCAUGUGUACUAAGCUGCAGCAGGGUAGCGGUUGUCCCAGGCCUUGUUCUGGAAUUUGUGGUACAGUAUUCAGAUUUCCCAUUAUGGUUUAAGAAGCCCUUUGUUGUAGUGCAAGAAGUUGGCAGUAGGGGGAGACACACACACAGACUUUCUCAGUGGACCACCGAUGUUUUACAGGCCUGGUUUUCACUGUCUGACACACCCAGAGCUCUGCUCCUGUAAUGACAGACUUGCUGGCCAACAACUUUAAAGAAGCCAAGCAACAGCGGCGUGUUGGUCUGUGUUUGUGGCUUUUGAUUCCAUGUUUCUGCACAAAGAAAAAGGGAUGGGAAGACCUUCAUGCACUCUAAUGAUAUGCUGAGACGUAGGAACAUUUUGGAAACCCUCAGACCUUUGUAGCUUUUUAGGUUUUAAGUCACUCUCUGAUCCCAGCUAAAAAUAAUGUCAAGCUUCUGUAUAAUAUGUUCAAGUUAUAUUUUUUUCUGCAGUGUUAAAUUAACUUAGAUCCCAAUAAAACAGCAGGCUUUUUUGUGCU